AUGAUGCAGGAGGCGGUGGUGAUGAACCUGGCCAGCCUGCUCGAGCUGUCGGCGUCGACUGGCAGCGUACGGCAGAUGGCGAAAUGGGUGGCAGCGGCUGCUCCCGAUGAUUUCGACCUGGAAUGCACCAAGGCGCAGGAGCCUUCUUGCCGACGAAAGCUCCAGUUCAGAGCUUUCUCAGAAAGCUCUGAACUGGAGCUUUCUGGCACGUUCCCGUUGUUUGGAGGUCCGGCCAAGCUCACUGGGGAGCAGGCAUCGGAGCUGGCGGGCGUGUGGAAGCUGGACUCUGAGGAGGAUCAGCGCCGCCUGGAUGGCAGCCUGUACGAGAUUGCCUUGAAGGAAGCCCUGGAGGCCGGUGGCUCCCUGGACCUGCAAGAGGUGAUGGCUGACGCCCUCGCGCAGUCCUCUUCCCUCUCCAACUACAAGUUGAUCAUCCCCAGCGUGGAUGCACAAUCUGGCCUCUUCAUCGCAUACCGCGUGCUGAUGAACGUCACGUCCAGCGCAGCCGGCGCUCCCCAGCCAGGGCAGAAGUUUCCCGACGUGAAGCGCAUCAUUGGCUAUGCCCGUGGCCUGCCUUGCGGCUCUAUCGCCUUCCAGGGCGCAGAGAAUGUGGAUACAGCCACCUACUACGGCCUGGUGCCGGAGGCGGAGGGCGGCGAGAUCAUGGAAUUGCUGCGCAUCGAGGGCAUUGAGGUCUGGGACACAGAGGGCAAGCGCACACUGGAUGACCAGUCGAUUGUGCAGAUCCGGCUGGCCAAGGUGGACGGGCCCCAGGAGAUGGAAGAGGCGCUGGCCAGCCUGGCAUCGUCACUGCCGCUCAAGCCGCUGCGUGAUGACAAGGCCGUCAGCUGA